GUAGUGGAUAGUGGUGUUGUGAGGUGACUGGUGUGUGAUGGUGUAGGAUGUGGCUGCAGAGGUUGCUGACGCUGCUGCUGGUGGCGGCAGCCGCCGGCCGGGGCAAGAGGAACCGCCACCAGAAACCUGGUCGUGCGGUGUUCGACCGUCUCAGCAGCACGGUGGUGAGCGAGGCGCGGGCGGCGGGCGGGGGGGCGCUGCCGCCGCCGCUGGACGUCGCCGCGCACGCCGCCCUCACCGCUACCGCCACCUGCGGCAGCCGCGGCGCAGAGGAGUUCUGCAGGGAUACGCCCGGGAAACGUGGUGUGGUGUGCGACGUGUGCGAGGGGUCCGAGGGCGCCCCGUCCCGGCGGCACCCCGCGGCGAUGGCGGUGGACGGAGACCCCGGCACCUGGUGGCAGAGCCCCGUCUUCGGCGACGGGGAGGACCAGCAGGCGGACUUGGUGGCGGAAUUGCCAGGAAAAAUGGAGCUGCUGCACGUGAUCAUCAAGGUGGGUCCGUCGCCGCGGGCGCUGGCGUGGUCGCUGGAGGUGUCGCCGGCGGCCAGCGGCGACGACUGGCGGCUGGUGCGGGCGUUCGGCGACCGCGACCACUGUCGCCGCCUGUGGGACCUCACGCCCGAGCGACGACGCCGGAAGGCCAGGCGGGCGCGGGGGGUGCGGGGGGCGCGGGGGACGACCACCUGUUCCACGCAGUUCGCCAGCAUCAAGCCAUUGGAGAAUGGCGAGAUGCACGUCGGCCUCGGUUCGGGGGUGGCAGCGCGACGCGUGCGCAUCUCGUUCCGCGCGCCGCACGCGGGCCCGCACCGGUACUACACCGUGCGUGAGCUGACGUUGGCCGCGCGCUGCCUCUGCCACGGACAUGCCACGAGCUGCCACGUCGAUAGCAAGAGUGUAAAGUGCUCGUGUCUCCACGGCACUUGCGGCUUCCACUGUCAGCGGUGCUGCACGGGGGCGCCGUGGGCCCCGCACCGCCCCUGCCCCGCCGACGACCGCGCGGACUGCGCCGGCGCCUACGACGACACCGGGGCGAUACUGUGCAUGAAUUGUACAGACAACCGCGCUGGUCCGCUGUGCGACAAGUGCCUGGUGGGGUUCUACAACGUGCUGCCCGACGACCCCUGCCUGCCCUGCGAGUGCGACCCCGAAGGAUCUGAGGGUACAUGCUCGUGGGACCGGCAGCGCCACCAGUUGAUCUGCGGCUGCCGGGCGGGGUUCGCGGGGCCGCUGUGUGACGCCUGCGAGGACCCCUCCGCCCAGUUCCCCGCCUGCCUGCUCCCCACCACCACCGCCGUCUGCAAGUGCGACCCCCGUGGCGUGGUCGACCCCGACAGAGUUUGUGACGAGGUCUGCGAGUGUAAGGCGAACGUGAUCGGCGAGCGGUGCGACACGUGCGCGGCGGGCCAUUUCGGCCUGAGCGCGGCGCUAGCGGCAGGCUGCCGGCCCUGCUACUGCUCGCACGUCGCCGCCUCCUGCGCCGCCGACCCGAGCCCCGCCCCUGAUAUUGUAUUACCGCUGGGCGAGGCGUGGCUGGUGAGCGACAACGUGACGUCGGAAACGAUGGCGCCCUCUGUGGACGACGAGGGGAAACCGUACGUCAUCAGUUACGAGAUAGAAGGCUGGGAGACGUUUUACUGGCUGAGCACCACGUUCACUGGGGACCAGCUGGCGACGUACGGGGGGGAGCUGCGGGCUGCCGCGACGUGGAGCGUGGCGCGCGGGGACACCGGAGGGAACCCCACCGUUGGACCCGACUUCGUGCUUAUAGCUAGAGACGGUACCAGGGUCGCAUACGAGGACAGGAGCUACCCGUCUCCCGGGCGCGCGGCGCUGGCGGCGGCGCUGGAGGAGGGGCGCUGGUACCGCGACGGCGAGCCCGCCUCACGACACCAGCUGUUGGACGUACUCAGUGACGUCAGAGCGCUGCUCGUCAAGGCGCACUUCCAUUUCGACCAGGAUGAGGUUCGGCUAGAGAGCGUAGAAAUACGCGGCUGUGCGGGCGCGCGCGAGAUCUGCGAGUGUCCGGCGGGAUACGAGGGUCCGCAGUGCGCGCGCUGCGCGUGGACGCACGUGCGGCUGCUGCGUGCGCCCGGCGCCGCGCCCGCCUUCGAGUGCGUGCCCUGCGCCUGCAAUAUGCACGCCUCCUGUGACAGUGUGGACGGCCCAUGCGGAGAGUGCCUGCACAACACCACGGGGCCGCACUGCGAGCGCUGCCUGCCCGGACACUACGGGAAUCCUGUGCAGGGCGCGUGUAAGCCAUGCGCGUGUCCGCUGUUCGAGGCGGCGAACAACUUCAGCCCGAACUGCGCGCUGGCGUCCGCCGCCGGCGACGACUUCGUCUGCACGCAGUGUCCCGACGGCUACAUCGGCGACCACUGCGAACUCUGCGACUCCGGCUACUGGGGCUCUCCGAGCACGCCGGGCGGGUCAUGCGCGCCGUGCGACUGCGGCGGCGGGCCGUGCCACCCCUCCACUGGCCGCUGCCUCGUCUGCCCGCCGCAUACUGAGGGCGAACGCUGCGAUCAGUGUCAGGAGGGGUACUGGUCGGGCGGCGAGAACGGGUCGUGCGUGUCGUGCGGGUGCGGCGCGGGCGCGCUGUCGGCGGCGUGCGACGCGCGCACCGGCCGCUGCGCCUGCCACCCCGCCUGGGCGGGCCGCACGUGCAUCGAGUGUGCGCCGGGAUAUGGAGAUGUGGAGGCUGGCUGCCCACCGUGUCGCUGCGGCGCAGCGGCGCUGUCUGCAGCGUGCGCGACGCAGACCGGCGCGUGCGAGUGCGCCGCGGGCGCCGCGCCGCCGCACUGCGACGCCUGCCUGCCCGACCACUACAACUUCACCGGCGAGGGGUGCGCAGCCUGCCGGGCGGUGGCGGCCGGCGCGGGCCGCGCGCCAAACGCAGUCGACCCCAGCACCCCGCCGCUCGCGAACGCGCGCGCCUUCCACUCGCGAGUUCCGAAUUCUAAUCUGUUUUGUUUCGACAAGGCGGCAAAAGUGUUUAGUGAUAAUCCUUAA